GUUUUGUUCUGAGUCUUAGCUUAAACCUGAAACUCAGAAAUGUUCCUGACUUUGUCCUUUCCUUUUCUCUUUUUCUGGUUGAGAAUAGAAUAUACUGACAAAAUGUUGGCGUUUUCUAGUCAAGAAAGGGAUCAAUCAGACAAGUCAAGGUGAAAAGUAGGAAUAUGCAUACAUAUACGAGUGCUUAAAAAGCCAAAGAUAAAAGCUUUGAAGUGCCUGUCUUAAAGAAUUCUUCCUAUGCAAAAUUUUUAUCAAGUUCUUUUCCUCCUCCUUUUGUCUUGUAUGUAUUAUCAUUGAGGACAAAGCAAACAGGAAGCUCCUUGCAAACCCUAGUCUUGUCAUGGAUAAUAUGUCUUUGCAAUCCAAAUAAGAAAAUGAAACUUUUAGUCCAGUAAGUAUUGUGUCUUUUAAUUGAAAUAAGUUAAUAAAAUGGUAUAUCUUUUCCACUUGAAGAAAGGAGAAAAUUUAAUAACGAAUGGAGAAAAUCUAAUAGCCUUUUCUUUUUGUCUUACAAUAGCCUGUAAUCAAUCACAAUUCAAAUGAUUUGGAGAGCACAAGAGGAACCCCAUUUCUUUCUUUAAUAGUGGAUAACGGUGACAAAGAAGAACCCUAGCUAUAAUGAUCCCGCCGCUCAAGAUGUUAAAAAAAAUUGUUUAGAACACAAAGAAGUGGAGAAUAUAUAUAGUGGAAGUCGAGGACAAAGAUGAAUAUCCUUUGAUUGGGGUGGGGUGGGGGGCCUUUUCUGUGGUAUCUCUCCACUUUUUUCUUUACUUUCAUUUUCUUCAAUAAAGAAACAUGCAAUUUCACUUCACUUCCCAUGUUAAAUAUCAACUGUUCUUUGUUCCUUUCUUCAAUAGCUUUCUUUCUUUCUAAGCAUGAGAACUUUCAACCAAAACCACAGUGCGGAGGAGUCUGAACCAAGUGGGAAUAGCAAGCUCAGAAUGAGCUCUAGCAGCACAAAGAGCUUAUCGAAGAAGCUUGAGAACAUUGAUGAAAAUGGUCCUGCUCUUUGGCAGCCAGUGCCAUGUGAUGCUCCUGAAACUCCUACCGAGUCCAUGGAGUUUCUUGCUAGAUCAUGGAGUGUUUCUGCCGUAGAGCUCUCUAAAGCUCUUUCCAAUACUCAUGCUACUUGUGACAACGCCGACAAGCUACCUUUUUCUUCUUCUGAAACUGUUGCAGCUCCCAAAGACUCCCAGUUUCCGAAUUACAGUGCUGGUAGCCCUCCAAUAUCCCCAAGAGAUAGUGAAGAAAUGAAGGAAUUGUUUUUACUUCAUCAAGUACUCAAUCCAGAAUUCCUUUCCAGUCAACAACUGCUAAAAACUGGGCUAUACAGAAGCAUAUUGAAAGGGAGAACAAUGGGAAGAUGGUUGAAGGAUCAAAAGGAGAGGAAGAAGCAGGAGAUCAGAACUCAUAAUGCUCAACUGCAUGCAGCUGUCUCUGUAGCAGGGCUUGCUGCGGCCAUUGCUGCACUAGCCGCCUCCAAUGCCAUGUCAGCAGAAAUGGCAGCAACCUGCCAGAAGACAUCUUCCAAAACAUCAGCUGCAAUGGCCUCAGCAGCAGCUCUAGUAGCAUCUCACUGCAUUGAGCUUGCGGAAGAUAUGGGAGCCAAUCAUGAUCAAAUCUUAACAGUUGUCAACUCUGCCGUUAAUGCAAGGAGUAGUGGAGAUAUCAUGACCCUAACAGCUGGAGCAGCUACAGCAUUACGAGGUGCUAACACUUUAAAAGCGAGUUUCCAAAAGGGUUACAUAACUACGGCUUUUGCCCUGGUGGAAGAAAAAAGUGAAGAGGGCAAAGAAUCUAACAUCUUGGCAGCAUUGAACUUUGUGACCAGAGGGGGAGAACUUCUCAAGCGUACAAGGAAAGGUAUAUAUAUAUUUCACUUCAAUACUAGAAGCAUUUAUAAAUACAGUGAAAUCACAUUGACAGACUCCAUAAAAGAGAUGCAACUGGCACUGAUUAUCAUGUACAUGUUGAUGGCAGGAGCUCUCCAUUGGAAGCAAGUUUCUUUUAACAUCAACUCAACCUGGCAGGUGGUAGCUAAAUUGAAAAGCAAGCAUAUGGCAGGAACAUUCACAAAAAAGAAGAAGUGUGUAGUCUCUGGAGUAUACAGUGACAUCCCAGCGUGGCCUGGAAGGGAGAGAGAAGACUGCAACGAGCAAAGAGCUUACUUUGGGAUCAAAACAGCUGAGAGAGUUAUAGAGUUUGAAUGCAGAAGUAAAGGUGAAAAACUCAUAUGGACUGAGGGAAUUCAGCAAAUGUUGAGUUGCCGUGCCAAUUUAAAAUAUGAGACAACUUCCAAUUGCUUCAAAACUAGUCUUUGAUUUUUCCAAAGUGAUUAGCAUGAAAUGUACAUCUCAAUCUUCAAUUUUC